GAUGGGGCUUAACAAAAGCAUCACAGCUCGCACCUUCCACACUGCCCAUACCACAGUAACUCAAAAUGGUGUCCUAUAUCUUCUCUUCUCCAUAGAUCUACUCUCCCAACUCAACUUCCAUAUUCUUCUUCUUCUUCUUCUUCUUCGUCCCCUCAUCAUCCUGCUUAGAUCUACCAGCUGUUAGCAGAUCAAAAACCUUCUAAAGUAAUGAUACAUUGAAGCGAAAACUUGGAGCAAUGAGCUAAACUCUCAAGGGGGAAGCAGUGAAGGGUUUCAACCCAUUCAAAAUAGGUUAUGAGAAGAUGAAUAAGAAGAGGGUUCCAAAGAGAGUGUGGUUAAGCUUCCAAAAAUCAAUGGGUGUCCUCGUGGGUGGGAAUCACACUUCUUCCAGGUUUUGCUCUCGCUAAUUACUCUCCUUCUCUGCUUUUCAGUUUUCCUCUCUCAAAUCAAAAACAAACACAAACACUUUGCGUUUUUCACUUCCAAAAUUUCAUGGAUACCAAGUCCUUCAAAUUCAAGAUCCUUAACGGGUCCAUUGCGAGGCGCGUGCUCUUACGCUCCAUUCUACUCGCCUCUGCAAUUUCCCUCUUGUCUCUGCUCCGCGCUCUAUCGCUCGUCGAUUUGGGAUCCAUAGCUCCCAUCACCACCUAUUUUACCUGCGAUUCGCGUUUUGAAAACGCCACUUUCAGCCCCGGUUCCAACUUCUUCCAAACCCACUUCUGGGGCUCCAGGAAUUGCAAGAAAGACGCCAACUUGACGGUCAACGUGGUCACCGAGCUAAUGGAUCAACGGUUGUUACACUUUGGAGCGAAAACUCUCUGCGUUGGAGAAGGGUCCUCAAUGGCCGUUACGGCAAUGAAACAGUUAGGUUUCACCAGUGUCAGUGGUGUUCAAACGCACCGUUUUUUGCAGAAGAAGAUUGUGUACGACCUUGAUUACCAUGAUUGUUCCUUUGAUUUCGUGUUUUCUAGGGACCUUGACAAGGUUUCAAUUCCUGCAUUGCUUGUGCUUGAGGUUGAGCGCGUGCUUAAGCCUGGUGGGGUUGGUGCCCUUCUUGUGGGCACCACUGGUAUCUACCCCAAUGAUUUGAUAAGGGCAGCUACACCUGUGUCCUCAUUGCUGAGGUCUUCCACCGUUGUGCAUGUUGGUUCUGUUAAUGAACUUAACCUUGUGGUUUUCAAGAAAACGUUUGAAAAUGCUACUAGUUCCUUUUAUCAGUAUCGUUUACCUGCUGAUUGUCCAAGUGUUAGUUCAACCAAACCUCUUAUAGAGUUGAUGGAGCCUCUCGUGAGUGAAAAUCCACCUUUUGAGUUUGAGAGAAAGGUUCCCUAUCUGCCAAAGUUUGUGGAUGUUUCUGCUAGGAUGCGGCUGGUGUAUAUUGAUAUUGGGGUGGGGGAAUUGCUUAAUGCAAAUAUUAGCGAUUGGUUCUUGCCAUCAUACCCUAUUGAUCAGAAGGAUUUCAAUGUCUAUUUUGUUCACUACAACACUUCAAUCUUGUUGUCCUAUGUGAAGAGACCUGGUAUCACAUUUGUUUACCACCCUGGAUUGGCUGGUAAGGUCAUGCCCAAGCUUGUUGCAAAUGAUGACUUGGAUCCUUUUCUAGGGGAGGAAGAGUUUGAUUUCCUUGCUUGGUUUAAAGAAACUGUGCAAUAUGCUGAUUUUGUGGUGCUGAAAAUGAAUGCAAGAAAAGUUGAACUCAAGCUCCUCUCGGAUAUAUUUGAGAGUGGAACUAUAUGCUUUGUUGAUGAGUUGUUUCUCAAAUGUCCAGAUAGGGGAGAUUCAGAUGAUGAUAAAAGUAUAAUCAGCAAGGAAAGGUGCAUGGAUAUUUACAAGGGUCUUAGAAGCAAUGGAAUCUAUGUCCAUCAAUGGUGGGGAGACUAAAUUGCAUCUGAAUCUUUGGUGAUUAUUAUGGUGUUAGAGAAAUUAUGUGUCCGAAUAAGAAUUUCUCUGUGUUUGAUGCGUUUGGACUAUAGUCCAAGUAUUUGUGUUGUUGCAUUUGUUGUCUGUCAAAAAUGUAGGAUGCUAUGAACAUCCAAGUGCUUUAUGGUUGGGCGCUUAAUACUAAAUAAACAACCAUUGUUGUUCUCGUUUGCUAAUAAAAUCCAAGUAUU